ACGUCAGCUAACGAACAGCCUAUAGUGACCCUCUUUGGAGAUCUGCAAUUCUGAAGCGCCUCAGGACAUUCCAUGACUACUCAAAUAAGAGAGGAUCCUAGCCGGGAGGGAGUCGGCUGCUGCCAUGUGAGAAAACCAGAUGCAGGAAAAGUGCUGGAAUUCUAGGAAAACGCCGGAACCUAGUAAACAAGCAAAUGUGACAUAAACAUUUGAUAAUAACAAGACACUGUGUAGUUUAUAAGGGUUUGUUGGCGCUCAGUGGAUUUGCAUAAACUAAAGUCUUUCUUGGAUUGUUGUCAAGUACCUGGAGGAGAUUUGAUAGACGUUGCAAGGGACUGUGGAGCUGUAAGUUGUUUUAGCAGCUGCGUGCUGUCUGUUGGUGAGGGUCUCCUACUCUGGACGGGUGCCGUCUUGACUCAAGUAUUUUCCAGUGCUAACUUAAGGGAAUAUGUGGGAAAUGUAAAACUGUCUGCUAUGCUGAUUUCAUUGUUGCUAAGGCUGAGCUUCCAAAAGGGAUUCAUUGAAAUACAGUCAUGGAAACACUCCACGAAGGUGCAGCAGAUUGACAGAUGAAAAUGAUGAAAUGGAUAAUUGACUUUCAUCAAAUCUCUCUGCUUUUUCCCAUAAACAUCCUGUCAGGAGUAUAGUUAAGAAGGAAGUCUACACUACAAUCAAAAAAUGGUGAUUGUGCAAGUCUGCUGAGCAGAACUGAAAAGAGAAAACAUGGUGUGAAAAAUGUACAAAUGAAGUAGACCUAUCUGCUGACAGGCUGUAUUUUCAUGGAUUUCUCCAAAGGACUAAGCUAGAUGAGACAAGAAAUAUGCCAGAGACAUCCUGAAGCAAAGCAGAAGUUCUGGCAAGAAGUGUCACUCGUUACUUCAGAUAUGUGAAGAAAAUGAUCUUACUGACUGACUACAUACAAAGUAAACUUGAGGACAGAAACGGAAGGAACCACCAGCCUCAUAUCAAAACAAGUUAUUGAAGAAAAUGUGGAAUCUAAAUUCAGAGACUUAGUCUGGAAUAUUUCCAGCUGCAUUGCCGACAGUGUAUGCAUUGCCAAUGCCAACAGGUUUAUAAUUCUUCAAGCAAAUCACUUAACCAGAGUGUGCCCCCAGAACGCUUCUCAAAAAAGACACUUUGCUCAGGAGGCGUACCAGCUGUCAAAACUGAGCCAGAGUUGAGGAGGUAGUUGGAAGGCACAGCAACAGUAUGUUAGACAACGUGCUCGAGUGGCUAAUAUUUGGCUGUUAGCAACUGUAUACUACACAGAAAUUACUGAAACAAUGGAUUACAUGAAGAGCCAGCCACAUUUUCCUGCUACCUAAUACCAGCAGAAUUUAUUGGUAACCACGUGGAAAUUGAAAGAAAACACACAUCACAGUCAAUAGCAUCAAAUGAAAGAGUUCCUGUAUGAACUGAUAUCCUAAUCUGACAUGUCCUUCUGCUUUUGAAUUGCAGCAGGGUUUUAAACAAGCAGUAGUAAGUAGCGUUUCCAAAAAGAAAACAACAGAGGAAAUGUGCAUCAAUAUGGAGUGAAGAUAUUGCAGGAUUACUGAGUUCUACGUUUUAAUGAGUCAUCUUUUGUACAUUCCAAGAUCUCACACAAUUAAGAUUAAUAUGUCUGCACUUUUCUGUACCUGUUGCUGUAAUGCAUUUAUCCUGGACAUAAUUUCUCCAAAUGUGUGGCAAAUUAGCAUCACCCUUAAAACGGACUUCAAGAACAAGAGUGUUUACCAAAUAAUCGUUAAUAUAUAUUAACAUAUAUGUUUGUGUCAAAUACCAGUAAUCUGGAACCAUCUUUACCCUGAAAACUAUGUGAACAAGUCACAAUGAUACUUCAUUAUAACAGUUCAGCUUUUCCAUUGUAUCCAAAUACUAGCACUUUCAGGAACUGGGAUUCCAGUCUUCCAAUUGAAACAACAUCUGAACUAAGUGAUUAUAAAUUUCAGACUGCAGGGAAUUUAUCUUUGACAAUGACAGACCCCACGAUAUCUGCUGAAAGCAAUGUUACAAACAAUGAUCCACUUGGUGGCCAUACCGUCUGGCAGGUUGUCCUGAUAUCUGUAUUUACUGGCUUAUUAUCUGUUAUUACUAUCAUUGGAAAUAUUCUUGUCAUUGUUGCAUUUAAAGUCAAUAAACAAUUAAAGACGGUCAACAAUUAUUUUCUGUUAAGCCUUGCUUGCGCAGAUUUGAUCAUCGGAGUAAUUUCAAUGAACCUGUUUACUACAUAUAUACUUAUGGACAGAUGGCCUUUAGGAAACCUAGCAUGUGACUUCUGGCUUGCCGUAGACUAUGUAGCAAGCAAUGCCUCUGUUAUGAAUCUUCUUGUUAUCAGUUUUGACAGAUACUUUUCAGUUACGAGGCCUCUGACCUACCGAGCAAAGAGGACAACAAAGAGAGCAGGAAUAAUGAUAGGAAUUGCGUGGGUGAUAUCUUUUAUAUUGUGGGCUCCUGCUAUCUUGUUUUGGCAGUACUUUGAAGGGAAUAGAACUGUGCCCCCAGGAAAAUGCUACAUACAGUUUUUAACAGAACCUAUAAUCACCUUUGGUACUGCCAUUGCUGCCUUUUAUUUGCCAGUCACCAUCAUGACCAUCUUAUACUGGAGGAUCUACAAAGAAACUGAGAAACGUACCAAAGAACUUGCAGGGCUGCAAGCAUCUAGCAAUAACCCUGAGAAAGCUAAGUUCAUCCAUCAGACAGGCAGUGCAAAGAGCUGUAGUAGCUAUGAAUUGCAGCAGUCUGGGAAGCACCCUGGGAAAAGAAAAUCAGGACGAUGUCACUUGUGGCCAUCAACAAAAACUUGGAAGCCACCUGUAGAAACUGAACAGGACCAUAGCAGCAGUGACAGCUGGAACAACAAUGAUGGUGCACCCUCACCAGAGAAUUCAGGAUCAUCUGAUGAGGAAGAAAUGGCUCCCAAAAGCAAGGCUAUUUAUUCCAUCGUGUUAAAGCUUCCUGGUCACAAAGCCACUCUCAACUCUUCCAAAUUAAACUCAGCUGAAGAUCUUGAUAUGUCUGCUGAUGAACUUCGAAGAACAAGCCGUAAGUCAUCAAAACGGAGCUCAAAAAAACAACUCUGCAUGCCAAACGGUGAUGAUGAUAACAAUUUCCAGCAGUUCCCAAAGCUUCCCAUUCAGACAAAAACUAACGAAAAUAAAAUCCCAGAUGCUGUUCCUGCCCUGGCAAGAGCAUCAGCAUCCAUUCCUCUGUCUUUUAAAGAAGUUGCCCUGGCUAAACGAUUUGCUUCUAAGACUAGAAGUCAAAUAACUAAACGGAAACGAAUGUCACUUGUGAAGGAGAAGAAAGCUGCACAGACUCUCAGUGCCAUUUUAUUAGCUUUCAUUAUUACUUGGACACCAUACAACAUAAUGGUGCUAGUGAACACAUUUUGUAAAAGCUGUAUUCCUGAAAAAUUUUGGAAUCUAGGGUAUUGGCUUUGCUAUAUUAAUAGCACAGUGAAUCCUAUUUGUUAUGCACUGUGCAAUAAAACUUUCAGAACCACUUUUAAACUGCUACUCCUGUGUAAGUGGGACAAAAGGAAAAGACGCAAACAGCAGUAUCAGCAAAGACAAGCUGUUAUCUUUCGCAAGAGGAUACCACGUGAAGCGUCCUAAAAACAGUAGCUGGUGUACAUUUACAUGUUAAUUGGGACUGAAAUGUAUUCUUUUGCUAUGAAAUGAAUGCAGUUAUUAGGAAUAUGCAUUACUUAGUUCACGUGUUACUGCAGAUCAUGAAGAAACAGAACGUAAUAUAUGAAAUUAGUUUCCUGUAAUAAACAGGGGGUACAGAGAGAGAGAGAAAUAUAUUAUGAUGAGAUAUGUUUUGGAAAACACUGUGGCUCUGGACUCCCAUGCCCUACAAAGUGCAAUAGCUGAAUUCCAACUGGGUACUGCGAAACUCAUCAAAUCCUCUCUCUCUCUGUGCCUCUCUUGUUCAAUUCAGAUAUGUUCUGGCUUUAGACUAAAUUGGUUCUAGGUUUAUGUAAAUACUCAAAGGUUUUUAUUCUACUUUUUACUGAGAUAUCUGACUGACUUCCUUCCCUCAAAUUACAUAAGUAUAUCUGCUUUUUCUGUUUUCACCAAGAUAUGUUGUUAUAAUACAUGAACCAGAGUCUUCUAAGUUGGUGCAGUAAUCAUUUUCUUUUGCUCAUAUGCAGUGUAUUAAUUGUCUACAUUUCAAAGAUGAAAAGAAAAUAUGACACAAAACUAAUAUUUUCCUCACAUCUUAAGCAGGUGUUUGCUAAUAAGAGUGCAUACUGAGUUCCUGCAACCCGCUUUCAGAAGACUAGUAAUGCAAGUUUGUGCAAAAUGACAUCAAAUAAUUGGCAUUAAGAUACCAUAUAUUUCAAACUUUAAUAAGAUGUGCUAGAAAUCUUUACAAGUACCACGAACCUACAAUAUGCAGGUAAUAGUUACUUACUCUGCUAUUUUUUAAAUAAUGCAUUGCAUACACUAAAGGUCUUCCAGAGUUCGUUAUAACUUGAAUGUUUAUCUAUUGAAUUGAACCACAUUUUCAUUUUCAGACAUAAAUGUCGCUUAGCUUUUCUUUUAAGCGAGGGCAUAAAAAUGAUCAUGAAAUGAAUUUCUAAGCAGAGCUCUCCCGGUGAAGUUUUUACAUUCAUAGCAUUGGGCACAUACCAUCUUUAUUGGUACAUUAAUAAUAUCAAAAGCAAUGUUUAUUAAAGUGGAUUCUUCCAAA